UGUCUGGGUUUGAGGAAACACUGUGUCAGUGUGUCUCUCGCUGAGGGGAGGGAGAGCAAAUGUCUCCUGCUCUCUAUUUGUCCUCCUCAUUGGCUUGAAACGUGUCCUCGCUGGCUGUCCUGCAUGUCCAGAUGUCUUUAGUCUCCGCCUUCCCUUGAGAUUCUGCAGACAGCAGUAAAGGUUAUCACAGGGAUGCUGUAGGAAUUCACAGCAACUCUUUAACAAGAGAGCUUCAUCUCGUGAUCUUCCUCGACUAUGAGCAGUGGUGUGAACCUGAAGACGAUGUCCCAGAGCGGCUCUGGUAUUCCUCUGCCGCGGAGCCUGACCAGCCUCUCCAAGCAGGACACCAAGGGCUUGAGCGGCACUUUACUGAGUCCUGCUGCCCAAAACCAGCUGGCUCCGCGAAUUUCCUCGCUUUCUUCCUCAACCUCAUCCAUAUCUUCUCAAUCGGUCUCAAAGGAGUUACUCAAAGAGACCGGAUCGAGAACUCAGUCCUCACAGAGAGCUCAAGGGACAUCUGGUGGCACAAACAGGCCGUCGUUUGCUCCCCGUUCGGCCCACAGCAGCCCACAUGUGCCCAAACGAGAGAUGAUCCCGUUCAAAAACAACCUCCGGAGGGGCUCGUUGCCCCAGGAUGGAUUCAGAGACAUGGAGAGACACUCCAACAAGAACUGGAGAUCUGGCCAUCAUCACUUCAGGAGUCUAGACAAUGAGGUUGUUGAAUCUUCUAGAGAGCACCAGACGCGUCAAGGCCUUCGCAAGCCAACCAAUGGGAACGUCAUUUGGGAAACGUUAACUGGUGUUCAAAGGGACUGUCAGAAGCAGCGGAUGAAAAUGCUGGUUCGUGGUGAUGGUAACAGAGGAACAAUUGCAUCUAAAUCCCAGGUGAACUUCUCAAAUGCGUAUCCUGCAGGAAGGGAGUCUCCACGCAUGGCGGCAGUGGCACCUUUCAGAUUCAGGCUGCAGGUUGGAGAAAACACUGAAGCUGCUCUUGAGGAUCUGAGUGAUUGUUCCUCAGACUCUAUGGAAGUGUGCUGUGAGGAUUUGGGACUGUAG